AUGGUUAUUUGUGUAGAGGCAGUACCGAGCACGAGUAGAAGGAUGCCUUCAGUGUCGUUCAAAGUUAAUGCCGAAUACGGAAGACUUACUGAGCUCGUUCCGGGUCUCUUCAUCUGUGGUGUUAGUGCUAUAAAUGAAGACAUGUUAAAACAGUACAACUUUUCAUACAUAAUCAAUGCCACUUCGGAGGUUCCAAACUUUCGGAUGUAUGGCAGAACUCCACGGGUUAAGCUCUGGCUUGAUGAUACACUUGAUGCCUGUAUAUAUCACCAUUUUGAUCUGCAAAGCGAUCAGAUCCAGCAAAUUAUAUCUCAGGGUGGCCGUGUCUUGGUGCAUUGUUUAGCUGGUGUAUCAAGAUCAGCAUCAAUUUGCCUUGCGUAUCUUACCAAAUAUGUGUGCCGUUCAUUACGUGAAUCUUACAAUUUGAUGAACAUUAAACGACCACGGGUACGACCAAAUCUAGGAUUUUGGAAGCAGCUAAUAAAGUUUGAAGAGGAUAUCAAAGGUACACCAGCUUCAAUAACAUUGCUGAAAGAUGAUGCUCAAGAAGGCGGAUUGUUGCCAGAUGUUUACUGUAAACUUGCAUCAAUAAGAACUGAGAAUUCAACAGUUGAUGCAGAAUCGAAAAAAGAAUACCGGGUUCGUCAUUAUUCGGGUCAGAAGAAGUUUCAUCCUGUUCUUGAACCGUUACUGGAGGUAGUGGAGGCUACCGCUUAA